CCUCCCCAGCAAUAGGCCAAACUCUAGUGCCCCCGGUGUUUCGAAAUGAAGCCAAUUCCCGUCCACUUCCCUCUCUCUCUCUUCCUCCUCCUAGCUGCGGCCAAUUCCGCCGCGGCUGGCGGCGGGGGGUGGGACCUCCUGCAGCGCAGCAUCGGCGUGUCGGCGAUGCACAUGCAGCUCCUCCACAACGACCGCGUCAUCAUCUUCGACCGGACCGACUUCGGCCGCUCCAACCUUUCCCUCCCCGACGGCAAGUGCCGCAACGACCCCAACGAGAAAGUCCUCAAGAUCGACUGCACCGCCCACUCCGCCGAGUACGACCUCGCCACCAAUACUUUCCGGCCCCUCAUGAUCCUCACCGACUCAUGGUGUUCCUCCGGCACCGUUGCCCCCGACGGCCGCCUCAUCCAGACCGGCGGCUGGAACGAUGGCGACCGCGCAGUCCGCACCUUCGUCCCCUGCAAUGACGGCAGCUGUGACUGGUCCGAGGACCCCCAAGGCCUCGCGGCCCGCCGCUGGUACGCCACCAACCAAAUCCUUCCCGACGGCCGCGCCAUCAUCGUCGGUGGGCGCAAGCAAUUCAACUUCGAGUUCCAUCCCAAACCCAAUCCCUCCGACCUCACCACCUUCCCUCUCCCAUUCCUCCAAGCCACCAAAGACGACGUGGAGGACAAUCUCUACCCCUUCGUCCACCUCAACAUCGACGGCAACCUCUUCAUCUUCGCCAACAACCGUGCCAUCCUGCUCGACUACACCAAGAACGCUGUGGUCAGGACUUAUCCGGAGAUGCCCGGCGGGGACCCGAGGAACUACCCGAGCUCCGGGUCAUCAGUUCUUCUUCCAUUAAAGCCGUCAGCGACUGAAGCCGAAGUCCUGGUGUGCGGCGGAGCCCCGAUGGGUUCAUACACCAGCGCGCGGGAGGACAACUACAUGCAAGCAUUGAAGACCUGCGGCAGGAUCAAGAUCACCGACCAAUCGCCAUCGUGGUCCAUGGAGACAAUGCCGACGCCUCGGGUGAUGGGGGACAUGAUCCUGCUCCCCUCCGGUGAAGUGCUUCUCCUUAAUGGUGCGGCGGCGGGUACCGCCGGCUGGGAGCUGGGCCACGAACCGGUCCUGACGCCAGUCCUGUACCGCCCCGAAAGCAUGGCUGGAUCCCGAUUCCAAGUCCAGAAUCCGGCAACAAUCCCCAGGCUGUAUCACUCGUCCGCCAUUUUGAUUCGCGACGGACGGGUACUCGUCGGCGGGAGCAAUCCCCACGUCUACUACAACUUCACCGGUGUCGACUUCCCGACAGAGCUGAGCCUGGAGGCAUUCUCACCGGAGUACUUGAGCUCGGAGAACUCGAAUUCACGGCCGAAAAUUGACAUUUCAGCAUCCCCAAUUUCGCUGAAUUAUGGGAAACAGUUCAGUAUGAGAUUCGCGGUGGGGGCAAUAAGCGGCGGCGGAGUUACGGUGACGAUGGCGGCGCCGGCAUUUUCGACGCACUCGUUCUCGAUGAACCAGAGGCUGCUGAUUCUGGAGACGGGGACGGCGUUAUCCGGCGAUAACAGUUCGUACGAAGUGACGGCGGUGGCGCCGGCGUCGGGCGUCUUGGCGCCUUCCGGUUAUUAUCUGGUUUUCGUUGUCAAUGGAGGGAUUCCAAGCGAAGGCGUGUGGGCCCAUAUAAAGUGAUGUUUCUCCCAGUCAAAAUACCGUAACUUUGUUCAAUUAAUAACACGCAAGUUGGUCAAUGGAAUUAAGGGUUUGAUGAUGCAAUUAAAAGUAUGGGUGUCAAGUAAAUAACAUGUAGGGGAGGGUGCUAGCAAAGUCUACCUCAUUCCCUUGUUUCCU